UAAUGAUAUAUAAGCCACUACAGAUCUAUCAACACUUCAUCCUACCAGAAGACAAGUUGCAUGGUCGCCGUCGAAGCAGUGAGUAGUAGCACAAAAUGGGAGCCUAUCUACUGCUGAUAGCGGUAGUUUUUCCAGUUCUACUAAUCAAGGCUGACAGCCAUGCCAAUCUAUUGCACAAUUCCAUGACACAUGAAGAGAUAAAGCAUUACCUGGAAACAGACUUGAACAAUGAAAUUCCAGAAUAUGAAACUACCACUCUCUCCUUUCCACGACAAAAACGGAGCACCACCACCGGCCGAUUGUACAGCAUUUCUGCAUUCGGCAAGAAGUUUGACAUAGAGCUGACCACACCUAGYAACACAAUCRGUGACCAAGGUGUUGUUGUACAGCGGCGUACGGUGGAUGGUGUUAAAGAAGAAAUCUUCCGACCUGACGGUCAGCUACUACAUGGUCACGUGACAGAAGAUGGAAAUUCGAAAGUUGCYGUAAAAGUCAGCAAUAAUGGCAGAGAACUGAGUGGAUCUAUUUUUACYKAUGGUCACGUGUACAAAAUUCAGCCAAUCAAAGAGAGCCUAAAACGKAAARUCAAUCUCCAUGGAAACGGUCACCACGUCAUUUCUAGACGAAAACUUAAACAAACARUUUUUGACGACGUGAAAAAUUUGAAAGUCAUGAGAGRUGCUCAGAGACGUACAAGACGAAGUAAUGUUAUAAUGGACGCGAGGAUAGUCGAGCUUAUGAUAACUAUUGAUAAACCUACUUACGACUUUUACGGUAAUGACAGUAUGGAGUACGUCCUUCACGUAGCUAACAUGGUCGGCAGACUAUAUCAAGAUCCUUCGAUGGGCUUCAGUCUAUCAGUUCUCUUAACCAAAGUGUUUAUUAUUCAACACGAUGAGCCUGCACUAGAUAUCAAAACCAAUAAAAUCGAUUCGGCCGUCGGAUAUCUUUCUAAAUUCCGUGACUGGGCAAUAAAACAGAGCUCAAGGAUUCCACCAGGGGCACAAGGACACUUCGACCAUGGGUCGCUCAUAACAAGACACAUCUGCGGAUUAAGCCACUGUGCACUGGAUGGUGUUGCUUACUCAGGCUACCCGUGUAACAAGAACCUUGAUUUCAAUAUCAACGAAGCCCGAGGACUACAGGCCGCGUUCUCUGUCGCCCAUGAAAUGGCGCACAACAUUGGAUUAGGUCACGAUAGUGGCGACUGUGACAAAGGGUUUAUUAUGAGUGCUGGACAGUCUGCAGGACCCAACUCAUUUAGAUGGUCACCGUGUAGUAGCAAGAGAAUGAAGGAGAUUAUGAGUGUUCAAAAAUGCUACAGUGACAAGCCAACAAAAACUUUCACAAUGCCAGCAAUGCUUCCUGGGUAUUUGUUURACGCAGAUAAACAGUGCAAAAUGGCUUAUGACAACACACACUCCGAAUGUCCCGUUACCAAGGGCAGUUGUGCKCAGUUGUUUUGCAGAAAAGGUAAUUCAUGYGUCGGUAGAGGAGCUGCACCUCUUGAUGGGACCCCYUGYGGWCARAGAAAGUGGUGUCUGCGAGGCCAUUGUGUCGAUAUUGGUAAUGAYCUUCCACCAGCCGUUGAUGGGCAGUGGGGAGCUUGGUCUCAUUAUACACCAUGUACGAGACCUUGUGGGGGUGGAGUGAGGCGACGAAAAAGAUAUUGUGACAAACCAAGUCCGAAGUACGGGGGAAAAAAUUGCGAGGGCAAAAGUGAGGGUCAUGAAGAAAUAUGUAAUCCACAGGAAUGUCAUCCUGCAGUUAAUUUUAGGAAAGAUCAAUGUAUUAAGGAUGRUGCUCAUGAUGAUAGCUAUUAUGUCUCAAGCARACCCUGUACAUUGUACUGUCGAAAGGGAAACCUGGUCGGAUGGAUGGGUAACGUUGUYGAUGGSACGCGAUGUUACAAUGACCGAGAUAAUAAAGAUACCUGCAUACAGGGGCGAUGUAGGAAAGUUGGCUGCGAUAAUGUUCUGGARUCUGGUAACGAGGUUGACAGAUGUCGUAAGUGCGGUGGCAACGGUGGAGACUGUAAACUAGUGAAGGUUUCAAACUACAACAAAGACUAUCGCGUCUACGGUCCUGCAAAUCCUGAUCUCAUGUUUACUAUACCAACUGGUGCAACAAGUGUCACCAUCAAAGAGCUCGGCAAGACCAACAACUUCKUGAGUCUUAAACUGCAAUUUUCGUCUUCAAGUUCAUACAUAGUUCCUGUACCGAGUUACACAGGUUUAUUCAACGCCGCUGGGACGACCAUAGAGCACUACAUGAAGRAUAUGGUAGACGAUGAAACCAUCUUUAUUCGUGGUCCAACUACUCAACCGCUCUAUGCCGUGUUCGUGUAUGCGGGKUAUUACAAGAAUCCAGGUUUUUCAUGCCAGUACUAUCUUCCUGGACAAGGUCAAUCAACAAAGUAUGUGUGGAAAGUAGUUAAAGGAACUUACUGCGACGCCAGCUGUGCAGGAGGUGUAAAAAUCAACCACGUGACAUGCCAUCGUGUGGAUGACGACACUAAUGUUGACGUCAAGAGCUGUGACCAUGCUACCAAGCCUGCCGUAAGAGAGUCGUGCAAUACACAACCUUGUCAACCACAGUGGAAGACUGGGGACUGGAAGAUGUGCAGCAAGACCUGUGCCAGCGGGCAGCAAAGCCGAUCGGUCACGUGCCAACAGAGGACUUCACAGUCUACUUUCAAAACCCUGGAUGACUCAGCAUGCGAUUUGAAUACUAAACCARCAGUGACCCAGAAAUGCAACAACAGAAAUUGUCCACCAGAAUGGGUUCAUAGCCCUUGGACAAAGUGUUCUGCUGAAUGCGGUGGUGGCGUUCGAUCAAAAACCGUCAAGUGUAAACAGACUUUACUCAACCAAACAGUCAUUUCUGUUGAUGAAAGUAAUUGCCUGACAGAAACUGGUUACAAGCCGGCGCUCAAAGAAACCUGUAACACCAUGGAAUGCUAUAUAUGGACCAAAGAAUACCCGUGCAAUGGUUGCAAAGGUUACAAACAUCUUGGCUGCUUUAAAGAUACCUGGGAUCGUGCACUGCCUAAACUCCUCAACCACUCSAUAAAUACCAUUACUGAAUGYCACAACGUCGCCAARGCACUCGGCUAUACUGUCUUCUCAGUUCAAAAUAAACGCGAGUGCUGGAGUUCCGCAACUGGCAAACAAACGUAUAGCAAACAUGGUCCGAGUACCUCAUGUAAAGACGGUAAAGGAGGAACAUGGKCCAAUGACGUCUAUGAAAUCGAACCUGAAAAAAGUUAUGAACCAAUCGGUUGCUUCAAAGACAAUCAUGUUCCARACAGACGACCCCUCCCCAGCCUAGUWGGUAACCAUAGGGGUAACAUCGAUUGGAAAAACAUUAAUUCAACAGUAGAAAAAUGUUCUCAUGACGCGUGGAAAAGUGGGAUGGCUGUGUUUGGUGUUCAGUACUAUGCCGAAUGUUGGUCCGGUAAGCUUGGUUACAAGAGCUACAGCAUUGAUGGGGUCAGUCAUGAUUGCUGGCAUACCGUGGGAGCAAGUAGCUCUAACUACGUGUACGCUUUCUCUCGUAAAGUGGUAAAAACAAAGAUGGCAUGUCGCCAUGUCGUGACAAACGUGAAGGUCUCAGACGAUCACUGCAAGGGAACAAAGGAUUCCAAUGAYCUUCGACUAUGCAGCGAAGUAUGCAAUGCUGUAAGUUAAUAUGGACAUCUAACAGUGGACAGUAUCUACGCUGAAUCUAAAUAGCAACCAUCAUUGACUGAUGUAAAACGACAUGUACAAUAGAUWAAGUGAAUAAUGGUAUUAUCAAUAUAAAAUAGUGAAUGACG